UAGAAGAAGCCUACGAGUCGUUAGGUUCCCCCCUCCCUCUGAUCGGAUUUCUCCUGUCGCUCGAAAAUGUCUACAAUUCAGUUACUAAGAGUGUACGUCAAACAGCGACUGGCUGUAGCUGUUGAUGAAAUAAUCGAGAUGUUUGAAAGAACAAUAACUGAGUACGAGGUGGAAAUCGAUCGCCAACGCAAACUGCUGGGAGCUGUGCAGCUGCCCGGCAUAAAGAACAAAACAGGUGUGUCUCAGGAUAUCCAGCUGCUGAUUGUCAAUGCAACGGUUCCCCAUAAACGGAUGAGCCCCACGCUGGUCCAGGAGGCCCCAGAGGUCCCAUGCAUUAAAGAGGAACCAGAGGAAGUUUGGACCAGACAAGUUCAAGGGCUGGAGGGGGAGAAUCCUCAUUCAUCGCUGCUUCAUCAAAGACAAACUGAGGAGCACACUGAGGCAGAUCUUCCAGCUGGUGCUGCUGGAGAGGACUGUGGAGGAUCAGACCCAGUCUUUGACUUGGAUGUAGCUGGUUUUUUAAAAGCAACCAGUGAUGGUCAGUUCUUUCUUUCACAGUGUUUUAAAACUAAGACUGGAGACUUGGAUGAUGACUGGAACCAGAUGACUGAAUCUAAGCCAUUUACAGAGACCCUAAAAGACAACGAAGCUGUUUCUUAUAAGAGAUCUCAUUAUCAGAAAAAACUUUAUAAAUGCCCAUCGUGUAGGAAAACAUUUAAGCAAAACACAGCACUGCAGAGACAUAUAACAUGUCAUACAGGGGAGAGGCCAUUUGACUGUACUGUAUGUGGGAAGACAUUUAGGCAAAAGGGAAGUUUGCACAUACAUAUGAGAAAACACACAGGAGAGAAACCUUUUAGUUGCUUAGUUUGUGUUAAAAACUUCACCCAGAGUGGAACAUUAGCUGCACAUAUGAGAAUUCAUACUGGAGAGAAGCCUUUCAGCUGCUCAGUGUGUAACAAAAGGUACAAUGAAAAAGGGACACUAGUCAGACACAUGAGAGUCCACACUGGAGAAAAACCAUUUACUUGCUCACUUUGUGGUAAAAGAUUUAGUGAAAAAGGAAAUCUGAAUAAACACAAGAGAAUUCACAUAGGAGAGAAACCAUUUAGUUGAAGUGUAUGUGACAAAAAAUGUAGUUUGCUUUCACACCUCAAAAACCAUAGGUGUCCUGAUAAGAAAAUUAAGCUGUAGAGCAGGUGCUUCAGUUGAAAUGUCCAGAAGUUAACAUGCAAUUAAUCAGACACACAUUCACAGUCCGCAGAAGGAAACCCUUUUUCAACUGUAAAAUCCCUCAUCUUGGUCAAACUUCUUUAUAUCAGAUAUUUUAGGGAUAUAAAAAAAAAGUUAUUUAAGUAGUAAAGAAGAAGGAGGAAAAAAUCUGAUUAGGGAGAAAUCAAUAUUGGAGCAAUGAUUCUGAUUAGGAGAUGACCCACUCUAACUCUUGAGCCACAGCCACCCAGUUAGUCAUGGUAGGUGGUGGUUAGCACAGCUGAAGGCAAGGUAAAACGGUGAAAAUAUUCUAUAUAUACACCACAUUUAAACUGACUUUUUAUUAUUUUCAUUUUCUUUAGGUUGGCCUUUUUAAUGUGGCUAACAUAAAAUUUUCUGCAGCCCCACAGCAGUACAUUGCUCUCCUUGCAUUCUGAGAUGUCUGCUUCUCCCAACUGGCAGUGUGCUGACUAGUGUAAUGGCAAUUUUUAAGAACUUAUGUUACCCUUUGACUUGGUUAUUGUAUAUUCACACAUGACUCUGUUCAAAAGUCAUAUCAUAUCUAUUAUAAUGCAUGUAACCCUUUGUCCUGUUUCUUCAUGUGCUCUGUGUAAUGUUGAGACUUCACUGUGCAGCCGAGGACCUGAUAAAACCAAUCGUCAUAACACCAUCUGGUGACUGCCCAGUUCUCAGGCAUGUGUAACUGCCUUAUUGUGAUGUUCCAACAGGGAUAAAACUAAACUGCUUUUUUUCUUCUGGGCUUUUCGUACUUUCACAUACGAGAGUGUGACUAUUGCGUUGAGACCAUUCAUGGAUGAAUAAAAAAAAUGAUAAAAUGAUAAAAGACAAGAUCAUACUUUGUAUACUUUAUUAAACAAAUUGCCACCAAAUUUUGGCGUUGUCGGCAGGAUCACUCGUGCGACAGGACUUCGGACACUCACGGCUGAAGGUGAAGACCAUGCAUGGCUAGAGUCUGGGACUCUUAACCUCAACCUCCUAACUAGGGUAGAGAAGUGAGGGCCCGACGCCCGAGGACCGAGGCUCACUCACCGCUGUGAUCCAAAGAACCGGGUGGUCUAGACAACUGUCUUUCUGGUUAGUGUAUUCAGGGGGCCCAGAGUAAUCGAUUCUCGCCGCCCCGCGGUGGUAUGUGACCGACGUGUCAGCAGGGCAGGUAAAGGCCGCUGCAGAAUCGCCGGAGCUUCAGGUUAAAGAGCUAUAGCCAGGAGACAAGAGUCUGGGACUCGUCUAGUAUUGCAUGCAGGGUUGAAUGGAAGAAAUGAAUGAUUGUACGUGGUAAAGGCUAUAGCCAGGAGACUUGAGUCCGGGACUUGAGUCCGGGACUUGUAUGAUGCAUGAAGUUACAUGCAUGUGUGUGAAUGAUUUGUGAAGGUAAUAAGAAUAAGAUACAUAUAUGUAGAAAAGAAGAGUGAAUAUUGAACUGCAGAAAAUUUCAAGGGAAAAAAAUGAGUUUUUCCAGCUUACUUUAGAGGGCUCUCGAGAAAAUUUAAGGGGACCCCCGGACAGUAACAAAUAGACAAUAUAAAAGUUUUCCUAAACAGUAAGCUUCAAGGUCCUUGCAAAUCAUAAAUGGAUGAAUCGGAGAAUAACAAAUUCAAAAUAGAAAAAAUAAAUAAAUAAAAAAUAAAAAUUAUUCUUCCAAUACAGUACUAUAAAACCUGAAAAAACAUGGGUUCAGCUAAUAGCAAAACCUCUCAAGGGUUAUCACCCCUGUUGUCUUCUCCAAAUAUCCAAUACAUGAUCAUUAAUUAUGGUAAGCAAAGUAUUGACCAACUUGACAUGUGGGUUAAGAAAUGUGGAUUUCCUGUCACUGGCAGCUUUAGCAUCAGACAAUUAGAGAUGUUGAAAGAUAAAUUAGAAGAAAAAGAGGAACACAGCAGGAGAAAGAGAAGAGGAAAAGUGUUUAGAGCAGACUGGAAAGCAUAGGCUUGCUGGCAGCAGGAAGCAAACGUGGCAGCUGUGGCUCAGAGGCAGAGCGGGUCAUUCCCUUAUCCUUGAGCAAGAUACUGAACCCCAAAUUGCUCCCGAUGCCGUGCAUCAGUGUGUGAAUGUGUAUGAAUGUUAUUUUCUGUUCAAUGGACUUUGCCAUCACUGAGUGAAUGUGUGUGAAAGGGAGUGUAAAAGCACUUUGAGUGGUCGGAAGACAAGAAAGGCGCUAUACAAGUACAGGUCCAUUUACCAUUACCAUUUACCAAACAUCAGGGACAGAAAAAUCAAGGCAGGGACAGAAAAAUCAAGGCAGGGACAGCGUCUCAGUGCCUCAAACUAGAUCCUGAUCUGGACUCGGCUCCACCCGGAAGACCACAGGCACCACAGCAGCAGCCCCAACCGGCGCCACGACAUCAGCUCCAGCCAGAGCAACAGGGACAGGACCAGAGAGCCACGCUGAUGAUCGCUCGGAGGCUCUAUCCAGAACUCGAGGGAAGGGGGGGAAAACCUGCAGAAGCUCCUCCACCAUACCCCCAAUAUCUGACCCGAAGCGGAAACGCUUUCCGCAAAGAAUCGAACUCCAACCCAGAUACCCCGACCUUCCAGGCACCAAUGGUCGUGGUGGCUACAGGAGAUGGAAACACUCAGCUGAUAUACAGGCCAUGGACGUACAAUGACAUGAGAGAAGCAACUUCACACCUCCCCAGGGUCCAGGACGGAGGUGCGGAGUUUACAAUACAACUGGAGAUUUUUUGCCGACAGUUCAGGCCCACGUGCUCGUGCUACAGCGAUUGCUGAUGACCCAGAUGGGAAACAGCUGGACUAAAGUGGCCGGAAACUUUCUGGCAGAGGAUCGACGGCAGGCGGACCUGGAUUGGGAGCAUGCAAAUAAUGCUCUCUACAGACAAGCAAUAACUGACCUUUGCGACAGAAUAAGGGCUGUUUUCCCCCUAAGAAUGGAGUUGGGCAAAAUAUCAUCAUGCAAACAGCAAGAUGAAGAGACAGUGGCAGAAUAUUUAGCAAGACCCAUGCGGGCCCACAACACACAUAGUGGACUCCAAAGACCUAAUGCCAUGGGGGGCAACAAUCCCAUUACCCCCUGGGAGGCCCAUUUGAGGGACCGCUUUGCAAAUGGAAUUAAGCCGGAGAUCAGUGACAUGGUGAAAUGAGACUGUGUAACUUGGGACUACGGCAACCUUGAGACUAUUGAGAGACAUGCCGUUCAUGCAGAGAAAUUCCUCAGAAACAAGGUAAAGAGGAAAAGUGGACAAUUGUCGGACAGACUACAAAUGGCCCAGCUGGCGGUAUACGAUAACCAAUAUAAACAUGAGGCAUACAAAAGAAUGCCAGAACACAUAAUCAAUGUAGCUGGUAAAAACAUAACCUUUUUGGUAGACUCAGGUGCCACGGAAUCAGUCAUAAAACAUGAAGAAUUUGUAAACACCCCAAAAAUGAGUGUGAGGUAUAUGACAACAGUACGGAGCAUCAGGCACACACAUGAUAGAGAGAUACACAAGCCCACUGCCAUGUACUGAAGAAUUAGAAAAAAACAUUCAUUCUUGCUGUCUAAACAUUGUCCCAUAAAUUUGCUGAGGAAGAGA